AUGGCGGACCCAACGAGCACGACCGGCACCGCCGCAGCCACGUCCACGUCGAUACUAGACGACGGCCGCCCUCACAACGAUCUCAUCGUACACUUUAAUGUUAUAAUAUGGCUGCUGACCGGCAUAUCCGGCGCCAUCCUCUUCGUAAGAGGAUACUGCAAGAUUACGAGACAGCGUGGACUCUGGUGGGAUGACUGGAUCAUGUUUGCCGCAUGGAUCACCAUUUUAAUUUCCAGCAUCUUCGGCUCCAUAUCGACGACCAUGGGCUUCGGCAAGCACACGUACGACAUGGACAUUGACGGACCCAACCACCCGAAACUGCUCUUCAUCAUGACCAUGACGGGCUUCUGGUCCAUCUGGGGCGCCGCGUGGAGCAAGACGAGCUUCGCCGUGACCCUGCUGCGCCUGACCAAGAUGUCGUCCAUCCGCUGGGGCAUCUGGUUCAUCAUCAUCACCGUCAACGUGGGCCUGUACGUCGCCGCCAUCUUCAUGUGGGUGCAGUGCGACCCGCCGCGCAAGGUGUGGAAUCCCAAGAUCGAGGGCAAGUGCUGGGACGGCAACGUCAUUGUCGCCUAUAACAGCUGGACAGCGAUUUGGUCUGGCCUGGCGGAUAUUGUUCUCGCCAUUAUCCCGUGGUGGGUGAUUUCGCGGGCUGCCAUGAACUUCAAGGAGCAGAUUGGUCUGCUCGUGUGCAUGAGCUUGGGUGUCUUCGCCGGAUGCACUUCCAUUGCCAAAGUCAUCACCAUGAAGGCCAUCACGAGCGAUGAUAUGAUCAACACCCCGCCCCUAAACAUCCUCGGCAUCGCCGAAGCCGCCGUCACCAUCAUCGCCGCAUCCGUGCCCGUGCUCCGCGCCCUCGUCCGCCCGCCGAACCUGUCCCAGGUCAAGUCGUUUAGCCUGUCGAACCCCAACUCCCACGCAUCGCAACCCCGUUCCCAGACCCGCCGCGAGUACGAGAACCUGGACAAGAGCGGCGACAACAGCAUCACCACGGUUAAGCUCACGCGGCUGGAUAGGAUGCACGCCGACGAGGCGCAGGGCUCGUCUCCGAGGGCGAGAGAGUACCAGACGCCGCGCGAAUGGGGAAAUAUUAGCGAUUUCCCCGGGGCGGCACGGCUCCCGCAAAGUUAA